UUGCCCAGAGCUACAUUUUGUCCAGAAACGCUCUGUCCUGAGAGGUGAUUAAAGAAGGCAUCCAGCAGGGUCUGGACAAGGAAGAGAGUCAGCAGGAGAACAAGAGGUGGUCUUCCACUGCCUCGUAGGAGGAUGUGGGCCCACAAUGAGUCCGCCCCGCUCAACUUCACCCUGCCACCCAACUUCGGCAAGCGCCCCACCGACCUGGCACUGAGUGUCAUCCUGGUGCUCAUGCUGCUCACUGUCAUGCUCUCACUGGGCUGCACCAUGGAGUUCAGCAAGAUCAAGGCUCACUUCUGGAAGCCGAAGGGGCUGGCCAUCGCCCUGGUGGCACAGUACGGCAUCAUGCCCCUCACUGCCUUUGCACUGGGCAAGGUCUUCCGGCUGACCAACGUCGAGGCACUGGCCAUCCUCGUCUGCGGCUGCUCCCCUGGGGGAAACCUGUCCAACAUCUUCAGUCUGGCCAUGAAGGGGGACAUGAACCUCAG